GACGUCAGCAAACUUGUGGAGCGGCUGUGAACGGAGCCCAGACCGAGCCGAGCACGCGCCGUGGACUGACGCACCGUGGAUGUGGAGCACGCGCCGUGGAAUGACACACCGUGGAUGUGGUGCACGCGCCGUGGACCGUGGGCUUGGUGUGGUGGUGUUCAGUGCGGGGCCGUUCGGACGAAGAUGCAUCACUCAGACUCCAUCAGCCUUUAGAUGAUCAAGGACCAACACACAAAACUGAAUGUCAUCAGUCUGCAGGAACAGUGGAAUAUUGGCAGAUCCUCAGGAGGGAGCGUAGAACCACAGUUUCACUAUGAACCGAGCCUUCAACAGGAAAAGAGAUAAAACAUGGAUGCACACCCCAGAAGCUCUGGCCAAGCAUUACAUUCCAUACAACGCCAAGUUCCUUGGAAACACAGAGGUUGAAGCUCCAAAAGGCACUGAAGUGGUAGAAGACGCCGUUAGAAAACUGAAGUUUCAGAGACACAUAAAGAAGUCUGAGGGCCAGAAGGUUCCUAAAGUGGAACUGCAGAUCUCCAUCUACGGUGUGAAGAUUCUAGAUCCCAAAACUAAAGAUGUGCAUCAUAACUGUCAGCUCCACAGAAUAUCCUUCUGUGCAGACGACAAAACCGACAAAAGAAUAUUCACUUUUAUUUGCAAAGACUCUGAAUCCAACAAACACCUGUGCUACGUGUUCGACAGUGAAAAGUGUGCUGAGGAGAUCACCCUCACCAUCGGUCAGGCCUUCGACUUGGCUUAUAAGAAGUUCCUGGAGUCUGGAGGAAAGGACGUGGAGACCAGGAAACAGAUCGGAACCCUCCAGAGAAGAAUUCAAGAGUUGGAAACUGAAAACUCAGAGUUGAAGAAACAACUGCAGGACUUUGAAGAGCAGCUGAUGAUGGUGCACGGGUCCCCAUCUCUGCUCUUAAACUCCUGUCCAGAAGCUCUCCUGUCCUCUCACUCUUCGUCCUCUCUGCUCUGUGGACACGUCCUCAGGUCUCUGUCCUGUCUGCAGAUCUCCUCCGUCACUCUCACUCCUCUGAGUUCUCCUGAAUCCAGUGUGUCUGCUGUUCUACUAACACCUCCACCUGCCAAACACACUCUGACUCCUCUGAAAACCACUGAGGGACGCAGCAUCCCACGGCCACGAGCUGGAAGCAUCUCCAUCCAGACCCAGUCCACUGAUGUUUUUGACAUGGUGCCCUUCUCUCCUGUGACCCCCCUGGUGCCCACACAGGCCAACAACGCCUCCCCCCCACCACCACCCACCACUCUGCCACCAGACAUAAGUAAAGACCUGUUUGGUGCUGAGCCCUUUGACCCGUUCACCUGUGCUUCUGCGGACUUCCCCCCUGAUAUUCAGUCUAAACUGGAUGAGAUGCAGGAGGGGUUCAAAAUGGGACUGACUUUAGAGGGCACCAUCUUCUCUCUGGACCCACUGGACGAACGCUGCUGACGCCAGGACGGCCAUGAUGACUGACGAUGGAACCACACUGACAAUGGAACGCCGCUGAUGACCGACAACGGGACGCCACUGACGAAGGGACGCUGCUGACGCUGGGACAACGCUGACGACUGAUGGGGGGACGCCACUGGGACGACAAGAUGCCACUGACAACGGAACACCACUGACAACGGGACGCCGCUGAUGCCGGGACGACGCUGGGACGACAGGACGCCAUUGACAGCUGAUGACGGGACACCACUGGCAAUGGGACGCUGCUGACGCUAGGACGCCGCUAAUGCUGGGACGCCAUUGACAACUGAUGACGGGACGCCACUGGCAAUGGGACACCACUGACGCCGUCUGCCCGUCGUCUCCCACAUUGGACUCGUUUGUAUGAAGAAGUGCCAAAUCCACUCCGCGGCUGAGUCGAGAUGUCACCGUUUUCAUCUGGAAGUUUUUAUGCAUUUGCAUUUAGAUAUUGUUUUUUCAAUAUUUCAAGGUCAACUCAGAUCCAUUUCUAGAAAAGAACUAUUUUUGUACAAACCUAUGGAAGGAACAGUUUUGCGUACAUUUGCUUGCACAGGCAGUGAGAUGUAAAUUAAUUGAACUUGUCUGAUGGUUAACUCUGAUUUUUUCAUAUGAAAGACUUUGUGUUUGCACCAUUUA